UUGCUGACGGUCACAGGUGAAGUGGGAUAGUGGGACGUAUGUGAAAAGUGCAGGAAACAAGAGCAAACUUGGGUUGUCGUUAGAGCAAUGCGGAGGAGAGGCAUCGUGCCUUGGGAUAUAAGCACGGAAUUUCCAUCUUUCUUCCGCUGAAAUGCAUUGCAUGUCUUUAAGGGAAAUAACAAAAAAGCAGGAACAGAACAGAAACGAGGAGUAAGAUGUGGAUGAAUUGACACUGUUGCAUCUAUACCAAUAUUAUUCACUUAAGACAAGUUUGCUUUUGAAAAUGGCCGUUCGCAGCAACUCUAUUAUGCCAUUCUCCAUCCAAGCCAUUCUGAACAAAAAAGAAAACAGUCGUCAUGGCUUGACAGAAUUGGACAUGUGCUUCUCAAAGAAUGCUUGUUGGAAAAUAUUCGGGGAAAUGGAUAAUGGGCCAGAGGAUUUAGCCAACGCGUGUAGAAGUGACAAGGGGACUUGCGUGCCCAGCGACCAUAAAAGUUAUGACUCGGAUUCGGGUCUCAGCGACGACAAUCACAGCAAUACCAUUGCCAUUUGCAAGCCAGAGAAAGACAGGGACCGAGCUGCGGACGUACUGGAGGAGAGUUUGCAAGAAGAAACGGACCACGAGUCCACUGCCGUCGAAAACGCUAAGGGAAUCAGUGACUGUGAGCCUAGUGUUUCGGAUUCCAACAACGUAGACGAGGCCAGUUGUGAUAAAAGUACAGAUCAACCUAAACAGAGGAAGAAGCGCUCCCGAGCUGCCUUCUCUCACGCUCAAGUGUUCGAACUAGAACGGCGGUUCAAUCACCAGAGAUACCUAUCCGGACCAGAGAGAGCAGACCUGGCUGCCUCUUUGAAGCUCACAGAGACUCAAGUCAAAAUAUGGUUCCAAAACCGCAGAUAUAAAACGAAACGUCGUCAAAUGGCUGCAGAUUUGCUGGCAUCGGCCCCUGCAGCCAAGAAAGUGGCUGUGAAAGUUUUAGUCCGUGACGACCAGAGACAGUACAGUCCCGGGGAACUACUGCGGCCUCCACUUCUGUCCCUCCAGCCGUCGUAUUACUAUCCCUACGCCUAUUGCCUUCCUGCAUGGACACUCUCCGCUUGUGCUGGGAAUCAAUGAGAAUUGAAUUAUCAUAUGUAUUUAUUCUUACUUGGAAAGCGAGGUAUUUAGCCUACUUUCGAGGAAAAAAGACGGGCCUAAUGAACUCAAAGGCCUUACUGCUCAACGUCUCAAAUUAAACACUGCCUCGUGGGGUUCGUGUCUAGACUGUAAAUGUCACCUUUGAUGGAGUAGCGAUGACACAUAGGCCAUUGUUGCAGUGUUUCCUCUCAGAGCAGGCCCCAUAUGCCUGCGUUGGCAAAACCUUCAGUGACACUUCGAAAACCUUUGUUAUGUCUAUUGUUUUAUUUGUUUUGCUGCGAUUGUAGGGAAACGGUAAGAUUUUCAGCACUUUUCAAAACCUAGAGAUGUUGUGUGGGCAUGCAGGCUAUAUCUGACAAUUUUGUUGUUGAUUUGUUUGACUUAUGACCUGAAACUGUGGCAGGAGAGUAUAGCUAACCAUAGAACUAUUGUUAAUGUACUUAUUUUUUAAUUGUUGUUCUAACAAGACUGUUUAUGUAGAUCGAAUUCAAGCAUUAAAACAUAUCAGGCAUAGGCUAUUCUGUUUGAUGUGACUUACCUACCCCAAACAACACUUGUAGUACAAUGUACAGUACGAUUCUUGAGAUACGUUAUGGAACACAUUGUUUGAGUAUAGGUUAAUACUGUUUAUUAAAUGCAAAACAUUUAUAGGCAACUAUUACAAUAAUACUCUUACAACGUAGGCUAUUCCAUUAUGCAAAUAACACAUUCAAUAUCAUGAUGUAGCCUAGCCUAUACUGUACACUAUUUCAAACAAAAACACGUCUGCUUAGGGCUACCCAUGCGAUACAGGUUAGAUGUAGGUAUAUAUUUUGACCCUUCUCUUUUCAUAAUUUCACUCUGCCUCUAUGAAUUCCAUUCCAUUUCAUAAGUGCAAUAUCCUAAAACACAGGCUACACUUUGGCUCUGGUGAAAUCAAGAUGGUGCCAUUAAAUAGACAAAAGUGAAAGUUAGGCAAAUGGUUAGUCAGCCAUAAGGUAUAUGUAUGGGGGAUUUGUCUUGGUUAUUAGAAUAUGUAGCCUAGUUUACAAAAGGAUAAACAUGACAGGCUAUGCCUAACUAAACUAGCCUUUUUACACCAUCAGCGUAAAUAGUAAAUGGGGCCGCAUGGGGCGCAUUUGUUUGUCCGCUGUAUUUAUGUGUUGAUAUUGUUCAGGACAUUAUUCUGCAAUAAGAACUCAAUGUGGGAUAAACAACUAUGUGUAAUCGAAUUGGAAUUUGAUGGAGAUAUUGCCAUUUCAUUGACAAACGAAAAAAGACCGUUGCAUGCCUUCCACGUUUAUUUUCACGAUCA